GGAGAGGGACCGAGCGGGAACAAAGGGGUCUUUGUUCCCGGCUCCUGGGGGGCGGGAGUUGGGCUGGCUAGCGUUUCUCCUUUUCUCAGCGUCCCUGGGGUACUCGAGGCUUAGCGCCACAGUUUUCUCAGGUAGGACGCCAUCCUCCGAGACCCUAGAGCUCAGGUCAGGGCGCGGCGCCCAGGGCCACCGUGGGCAUUCGCAGGGUCUACUGAGAGACCCUGGGGGUGUCGCUGAAGGAGGAGGAAGGGACGGAACCUGGAAGGAGGCGGGUUCAGAGUGCUGAUCGCAGACUUCUCUGGCCACGGCUCGGCGACCGGGGAGUACCACCUUCUGUUGCCAUCCACCCCACUUCCUUGCCUGGCCCCAUCCUCUGCACGCCUGGCCCCCCGCCCCUGCCGUCAUCACGCUCCCGGUGGCUUCUCCCAGCUUGGUACUUUCCUGCAGAACCAUCCUUCUGGACAAACUUUGAUGGGGAAUUUCACACCGAGCUGGAAAAAUGCCGGUUAUGAAAGGAUUACUGGCUCCUCAGAACACCUUCCUGGACACCAUCGCCACCCGUUUCGACGGAACACAUAGCAACUUCAUCCUGGCCAAUGCCCAAGUGGCAAAGGGGUUCCCCAUAGUCUACUGUUCCGAUGGCUUCUGUGAGCUGGCUGGGUUUGCACGAACUGAAGUCAUGCAGAAGAGCUGCAGUUGCAAGUUUUUGUUUGGUGUGGAGACCAACGAGCAGCUGAUGCUUCAGAUAGAAAAAUCCCUAGAGGAGAAGAUAGAGUUCAAAGGAGAAAUUAUGUUCUACAAGAAGAACGGGUCUCCGUUUUGGUGCCUAUUGGAUAUUGUUCCUAUAAAGAAUGAAAAAGGAGAUGUGGUCCUUUUUCUGGCCUCAUUCAAAGAUAUAACAGACACUAAAGUGAAGAUUACUUCAGAAGACAAAAAAGAAGACAGAGCCAAAGGAAGAUCAAGAGCAGGGACCCACUUUGACUCAGCCCGGAGACGAAGUCGAGCCGUCCUGUAUCACAUUUCAGGACACCUGCAAAGAAGAGAAAAGAACAAAUUGAAAAUAAAUAAUAAUGUGUUUGUAGAUAAACCAGCAUUUCCAGAGUAUAAGGUUUCUGAUGCAAAAAAAUCCAAGUUCAUCCUGUUGCAUUUCAGCACUUUCAAAGCUGGCUGGGACUGGCUCAUUCUGCUGGCAACAUUUUAUGUAGCUGUGACAGUACCUUACAACGUGUGCUUCAUUGGCAAUGAGGACCUGUCCACUACUCGGAGCACAACAGUCAGUGACAUUGCAGUGGAGAUUCUUUUCAUUAUAGAUAUUAUUCUAAAUUUCCGAACAACUUAUGUCAGCAAGUCUGGUCAAGUUAUCUUUGAAGCCAGAUCUAUUUGCAUCCACUACGUCACGACUUGGUUCAUCAUUGAUUUGAUUGCUGCCCUGCCCUUUGACCUCCUCUAUGCUUUCAAUGUCACAGUGGUGUCCCUUGUGCAUCUCCUGAAGACUGUCCGGCUGCUGCGUCUUUUGCGCCUCCUACAGAAACUGGACCGUUAUUCUCAGCACAGCACAAUCGUCCUCACCCUGCUCAUGUCCAUGUUUGCUCUCCUUGCACACUGGAUGGCAUGUAUCUGGUAUGUCAUUGGAAAAAUGGAGAGGGAGGACAACAGCCUUCUCAAGUGGGAAGUCGGCUGGCUUCACGAGCUGGGAAAGAGACUGGAAUCUCCAUACUAUGGCAACAACACGAUGGGGGGCCCAUCCAUCCGAAGUGCCUACAUUGCUGCCCUGUACUUCACUCUCAGCAGCCUCACCAGCGUUGGAUUUGGGAAUGUGUCUGCUAACACGGAUGCAGAGAAGAUCUUCUCCAUCUGUACAAUGCUGAUUGGAGCUCUGAUGCAUGCCUUGGUGUUUGGAAAUGUGACUGCCAUCAUACAGAGAAUGUACUCCAGGUGGAGUCUGUAUCACACUAGAACCAAGGACCUAAAGGAUUUCAUCCGUGUGCAUCACCUGCCUCAGCAGCUCAAGCAGAGGAUGCUUGAGUACUUUCAGACAACCUGGUCAGUCAACAAUGGAAUAGAUUCAAAUGAGCUUUUGAAAGACUUUCCAGAUGAGCUGCGCUCUGACAUCACAAUGCAUCUAAACAAGGAGAUCUUACAGCUGUCCCUGUUUGAAUGUGCCAGCCGGGGCUGCCUUAGAUCUCUGUCUCUCCACAUCAAAACAUCAUUCUGUGCUCCAGGAGAGUAUCUGCUGCGCCAGGGAGAUGCUCUCCAGGCCAUCUACUUUGUGUGCUCAGGCUCCAUGGAGGUUCUUAAAGACAGCAUGGUAUUGGCUAUUCUAGGGAAGGGGGAUUUAAUUGGAGCAAAUCUAUCAAUUAAAGACCAAGUGAUCAAGACCAAUGCUGACGUGAAGGCUCUGACCUACUGUGAUCUUCAGUGUAUCAUCCUUAAAGGUCUCUUUGAGGUCCUGGGCCUUUACCCUGAGUACGCACACAAAUUCGUAGAAGACAUCCAACACGACCUCACAUACAACCUUCGAGAAGGUCAUGAGAGUGAUGUAAUAUCAAGAUUAUCAAACAAAUCAGCAGUCUCACAGGCAGAGCCCAAGGGGAAUGGAAGCAUCAACAAGAGACUGCCAGCCAUUGUGGAAGAUGAGGAAGAGGAGGAGGAGGUGGAGGAAGAGGAGACCACCUCCCUCUCUCCUGUCUACACAAGGGGACCCUCUGCUUCACGCCACAAGAAGACUGUAGGCAACAAGAGCUACCUAGGAUUAAGCCUAAAGCAACUAGCCUCAGGGACAGUACCUUUCCACUCACCCAUCAGAGUCUCCACUGCUAACUCCCCGAAAGCCAAGCAAGAGGCUGAGCCACCUCACCAUGGCCGAAGGAAAGAGAAGAACCUGAGAGUGCAGCUUUGCAGUCUGAAUAGUGCUGGAACCCCAGAGCUCAGUCCAAGGAUUGUUGAUGGAAUUGAAGAUGGCGAUAGCAACGAGGAAACUCAGACUUUUGACUUUGGCUCUGAACAAAUCAGGCCAGAGCCCAGAAUUUCCCCUCCACUCGGAGACCCGGAGGUCGGAGCCGCUGUUCUGUUCAUCAAGGCUGAGGAAACAAAGCAGCAAAUAAACAAGCUCAACAGUGAGGUAACAACAUUGACUCAGGAGGUCUCGCAACUAGGGAAAGAUAUGAGGAACAUCAUGCAACUUCUGGAAAACAUCUUGUCACCUCAGCAGCCAUCAAAGUUUUGUUCUCUGCAUCCCGCUCCAAUGUGUCCUUCCAGAGAAAGCCUACAGACCAGGGUGAGCUGGAGUGCUCACCAGCCUUGCCUACAUUUUCAGGCAGGUGGAGCGCAGCUUUAUCAUGGUAAUGUCACCUCUGACAUCUGGAGUGUGGAUCCCUCCUCUUUGGGCAGCAGCCCUCAGCGAACUGAAGCUCAUGAGCAAAACCCAGCAGACAGAGAACUGCAUCAUUCUCCAAACCUUGAUUAUUCCCCCUCCCACUGCCAGGUUAUCCAGGAAGGUCACUUGCAGUUCCUAAGGUGCAUCUCCCCCCAUUCUGAUACCACACUGACACCUUUGCAGUCCAUCUCAGCCACUCUCUCAUCCUCCAUCUGCUCAUCAUCAGAAACAUCCUUGCACCUGGUUCUCCCAAGUAGAUCAGAAGAGGGCAGCACCACCCAUGGACCUGUGAAUUCCUUCAGUUUGGAAAACUUACCAGGCUCUUGGGACCAAGAAGCAAUGAUGUCAGCCUCUACAGAACCCUUGGAGAACUUUCCAGAAGUUGUCACAAGCACAGCAGAUGCAAAGGACAGCAAAGCUAUAAAUGUAUGAUAUCAGCACAUAAGGGCAGCUUCCAAUGCCAAACUGCUGCUGCAUGACAGCUCUAGUCGGCCUCUGGGACCUCUAGUAGGCAUGGUGCCCAAGCAUUGUUGGGAAUUCUGCAGAAAAGAGGGCAAGGGGCCAGAGAAAGGCAGAUCCACCUCUUUACUGUAGCAAACAAUUUCUAGAUCUUGAAAAGCAUCAACCCUUCUUAUGUACAGGUAUUAACUUACUGGUCUGUUUGGCAGACUUUGGUAACCAUCCAAAGACCCUGAGGGUCUGAGUAGAUAGAAACCCCAGACAAAGAGUUUGGGGAUGAGUUUUGUCAUAGUGCUUUUGUGAAGUGCAGCAAAGGUCUUUCCUGAGUGCCUGAUUGUCAUUCCUGAACAAUAUCUAUAGCAUUGUUGGCCUCGGGGGUGCAUGGCUCCCACUGAUCUAUUUUCCUUUUUGUUAAGGCAGAGGGACAAUUAUCACUGCAUGUCAUCUCCUAGACAAUCAGUAAAAUAGAGCUGGUAGCCAGUGGCUAGCUAGCCAUGCGUUAUUUGCCAUGUAAAUGAAAAUGUCUUUAUUUAUUGAAAAAAAGAAGCUAUUUUUAUAACCUUGGUAUGAAAUAUGUAUUUAAACUACUUAAACUAUUUAUAAAAAAUGAAUGUUUUCUUUUCAUUUUGGUAAAAAAAAAAGCUUGCUGUUUUAACAGGAAAUGCACUACUGUUAUGUAUAGUAAAUCAAAAAUUAUUUAUCAUUAGAAGGUUGUAGUUUCUAAAGGAAUCCUCUUUUAUCUGCAUGCAGUUUAGAAAACAGAAAAAAGAAAGUAUACCCUCACAUUUCUGGGCUACCAAAGGACAGUGGGGUCAUAUUUUAUUAAUGAAAUAAAAACAUGGACUCAGUGUGAACUCCAUGAGGUUUGGCCUGGUAAUGGAGAGGGCUCCUCAUCUCUGCUGACUUGUGCAAUGCUGUGGACCCAGCAGCAGAUGUAACAAUCCUCUGAACAGUGUAUUCUGUGGUUUAAGAGCCAAAAAUUUGUGUGUAUAAUAUGUGAUCAUAACCUACACUGAGCCACUUUGGGUUCAAAACUAUGAAUGUGUCCUACCCUAGUUCCCCAUUUUAGGAAAGGCCAUGGAGCAACAUACAUCUCCAAAUGAGGCCAAGACUUGUGGACUAUGACUGCCGGGCACAGUACCCAUUUAAGACUGCCCAUGAUACUCGAUUGAAGCAUUGAACCUUUGAAGUUAAAACUCCCCAUGGGGCUGACAGCUACACAGUGGAUGCCAUGUGUGUGGCAAGAGAAGGGAAACUUGGGAUUACAUGGCUAGGAUGCUCACAGCUAGAACCCAGAAUGUUUCCAGUACUUGACACACACCAACAUGCAAAUUCCAAUGCUAUGUUUGGCAGUGAUGUAAACACAUUCAUUUAAGCUGCAUAUUGUGUUUAAGGACAUUUAGGCCUUCAUCUUCUCCAGUUUCCCAAUUAGUCCAUAUUCUAGAGCUCUUCUGGCCUUAUAUCCACUACAGAGGAUAAACAAUGCAGAAUUUCAUCAUUAAAAAAUAUCAAAACAAGCUGAGGUUUCUGGUGUUGUGAUUUGUACACCCUAACCUGGCUGGAGCAGCAGAACCAGAAAAGAACUCUUAAGGAAACAACACAGGAUUAGGCAACCUUUACCUUUGGGUAAAGGCUGAGGCAGUCUAUUUUUCACACUUUCAACCUUCAGUCUUUUCUUAAGUUUGGGGGAAACUGAGGAAAGAGCAACGGUCUAGAUUUCAUGUGUUCAUUUGCAUCCCCCUUUCUUCUCUAUAUUUCACUUAUUUUAAGAGCUACUCAAAGAGAGUUCAUUGAACUAACAGGUUCAUGAAGUUCCACAUGACGAACCAGCAGGACUAUUACUGAUGCCAAGUACAGAGACUGACAUUCUAUUCUCUGGUAUUGACUGUAUAGCAAGAGAUGUUUGGAAAUUACAUGUGUUAGUCUCUCAUAUAACCACCAAACCAUAGUAAUAGUCAUCAUUGUUCCUAUUUUAAAAAUAAACAAUUGGGAUAGUUUUUUAAAUUUUCCUCAUCAUAUUGUUUUAAAUUUUAGAACAUAUACACAAAUGACCACUAAUGAUGUUUCAUAUCCACAUCCACCCUUUGCUGCCCUUUAAAAUUUAUAAGUAAUUAACUUUCUUCUAAAUCAAUGAAUAAAUACUUGAUUCUGCUUUUUUUAAGUAGGUGAUUAAGUACUCUCUAGGGAUUUGGGAUGGCCAAUGACAUGUUUGGAAACACAUGAUAUUUUUCUAGACAGCAUCUUCUCUUCUCUCAGUUGAUUUUAGUGGCUUAAGAACCAGCUGGAUAAAAGCAAACCAAACCUCAGAAAUGGCAGGGCUCCCAAGGGUCCUUUAUUUGAAAGUGCCUUCCUCUUCAGAACCAACUUCACCUUCACCGUGACACACAGGAUUCUUCCACAUCUGAGGCAGCACUUGAUUGAUCUAGGCAAUGUGUGCCAUGAUGUUGCUAUAGGAAAUGAGAAAUCGUAUCUUUUUCUCAUGUGAGGUUCUCUGACGGCUACCCAGCAAAGAACAUAGCUGCCCAUCUUCUCAUCAGAGGUGCAGUUUGGGAUUCCAGCAUUUCCCCCUCACCCACCCACUGCUGAGGAACAAAUUCCAGAUCCAUAAGGAACAUAAAUAGUUAUUUUCUUUACAAGUUCACUUCCUUAAAAAUACCAUUCAGGAAAAAAAAUAUUUUAAAAAAUGAAAGGGGGCUCCUAAGAACACUUACUGCUCUUUCAGAUGACCUGAGUUCAAUUACCAUGAUCUAUACCAGGUAACUCACCUGCAACUCCAGCUCCAAGGAAUACCAUACUCUCUUCCAGCCUCCUCAGGCAUCCAUAUGCAUGUGUAUAUAUAUAUACACACACACACACACACACACACUUUAAAAAUAAAAUGUAAUAAUAUUGGGAGCUUAAAUCUUCUAUAUGUAGUUCUGUUUAAGUAAACCAGGCAGAUUAUGUGAGAUCUAUUUGUUCAAUGUAAGAGGAAUUUUCUCAUAAUUGAAGCUAAUUAUAAAUACAGCUUGUUAUUUUUACCUUGCUGUUAAUAGGCAAGUGUCCUCUCAAAUAUUGGCUUUUGGACAGAAUGAUACUGUUCUGGAUGUUCUAGAUUAUCAGAUGUGAGCUAGUGUGUUUGAAACAUUGAACAUCUGGCUCUAAGCCAGUGCCUAGUCUGAGGAACUUACACUUGGUGAGCUCCCUGGUGACUAACAUAUAGUAAAAAUUAAAAAUACUGGUCUAAACUCUCCUUAAAUACAAGUUUACAUUUUAUUGAUAUGUAUAUAAAUGGACCAGCAUCUAAAACCCAUGAAAGAGAGCCAUGAGUCUGUAGUCACAUGUUCAUAAGCUUGCUUAACCCCAAAGUUAAGUUAGUCUCCAACUUUAUUCAAAUCAUGCAUUUCGCAGAGGAUCUUAAGAAGGUAGACAUUCAGAACUCUGACUUCAAGAUACAGUCUGGAUGGUCCUUGCUGUGUAACCUCAGGCAGUUAGUUGUUUGACACCUCUGAGUUUCAGUUUAUUCAUCUAAACUUAGGGCUUAUACCACAUCUAACUUGCAGCACCUCAGAGAGUUACAGAAGCAGUUUAAGUGAGAGCCCACCACCUGGCAUGUAAAAGGAAUACUAAGCAAAUGCCAAUGUAUCCCCCUGGCCUUCACCUCCAGGUCCUCUCCCACUUCCCUUCCCUUCAUGCUCUCAGUUUCUUCCUCCUCACACUCUUCUACUCUUCCUUACCUCCAGCAGUCUCCACCCCAGCUUCUUUUUCUCUCCUGACCUUCCUUCUCUUUUUCUUUUCCCUCUGCCCUCCUCCUGUCCUCUCUUAUUCUCUGUUCCUUGUCUUAGGCUAGUGUUUGAAACAUGAAACCAAAACAUGUCUUUUCUCCACAGAUCAGAACACAACUUUCAACCCAUCACAGGCCCUUACAGUGCCGGGACUCAGGUCAGCACUCACCUGUAAUAAAGAAAUUUGUAACGGAGGCAACAAAGAUAGAAAAAAAAAAUCUAUCGUACUUGCUCCCAGCCUCUUUAGCCCCAAACCAUGUGGCCUUGGGUUUAUUUGAGCAAGCUGUAUUUUGCAAACCUCUUUACAAUUACAUAAAGACUCAUGGAAUUUACUCAUUAACAGGAAUGGGUUCCAUAAACACAUGCCAUUUUUUUCUAUUGCUCAUUUCCAAAUUUCUCUUAGGAUAUUUGCUAUUGCUUCAGAAAUCAAGUUCACAAAGAAGUCAUAUCCACUACCCUAGGCUAUAAAAAAAAAACCCUGUAUAGAUUAAGAAAGUCCUCAGAAGUUUCUCAGUGGUAAGUGGUUGUGACCCUCAGAGCUGAUGAAACACUCAGCAGUUCACAGGGAAGCCUUCAAAGCUCCCCCUGAAACCCCAGGAAGCCAGUGGGUACCUCCAGAAGAAAUGAGUAAAAUGUCACUCCCUGCAGCUAGUGUCCUGAAAGAACUUGUCCCCUGGGUUCCAUCUUUCAACAGAGCUGAAUAAAUAGCUCUUGAAAGAUGUUAAGGCAGGCCAACAAGGCAGAGACACCCUACAUCCACACCUGUUCUUUCUAGCAAUUAAUAUGCUGUACAUUCUAAAAAGACAGGUAAGCUAAAUAUACCUUGAAGGUAAACUAUUUCCCUCUUGGGCUGUUUCCUUGUUUCCUUCUGGCUUAGGUUCCUCCAUUUGGAGAGAAGAGCCUGGGACUAGAGGGAAAUUUAUUCUAAAGUUGACUAAGUCUCUAGUCUCUCUCUCUUUCUCUCUCUCUCUCCUCUCUCUGCCUAGUUGUCUUGAAAAAGUAAAACAUGUGUAUGAUACAUGUGGGCACAACAAAGA